UCCGUCUGAAUUUCUGCUGAUUUGAGAGCAGUGACAAUUGCAUGUAUUCUCAGCCAUACUUUGCCUUUUACGUUUCAAUGACCUGAUCUGAGAGCAGCAUGAACACGAUGAGUUCCGGUUUCUCUUAUGUCACAUUUUUCUAAACUUAUUGUCCAAAAAGAUGUCGCUAAGUGUUUUGUUUCGCCGUCUGGGUUGUAGGCGGUUUGGCUGUGAUGCUAGAGUUUUACAAAACGUCAGAGUUAUUUACCGUCUCGUACGGAGAGACAUUGGACCGACGUGCACGCUGUCACCACCGCCUGUUGGAGACGUCUGCUGCCGGAUGAAUGUGAGGCAGUGGCAGUCCAGCUUAGCAACACGAUGUCAACAUCUGCAGGGGUCCAAGCACUUUUCCACAGUUCCUCCACCGUCUUCGUCACAGAACAAACCCAAGAAGUCUGGGCCUGUCACAUGGAAAUCUUUAGCGGUAACAUUCGCCAUAGGGGGAGCUCUGCUUGGCGGGAUGAAAUACUUCAAGAGUGAAAAAGAAGAAAUGAUCGAGAAAGAACGUAACAAGUCAAUGGGGCGUCCGGCGCUGGGUGGCCCAUUCUCAUUGGUGGACCACAACAAGAAGUCUGUGAGCAGCGACGACUUCCUGGGCCAGUGGGUGCUCAUCUACUUCGGCUUCACACAUUGUCCUGAUAUCUGCCCUGACGAGCUGGAGAAGAUGAUUGAAGUGGUGGACGAAAUUGACAAAAUCAAGUCUCUACCCAAGCUGACACCAAUCCUCAUCACCAUCGACCCUGACAGGGACACACCAGAGGCCAUGGCGGCAUAUGUCAAAGAGUUCUCUCCAAAGCUGAUUGGCCUGACAGGAACGGCAGCUCAAGUAGAGCAAGUGUCUAGAGCUUACAGAGUUUACUACAGUCAAGGACCCAAAGACGAUGACAAUGACUACAUUGUGGACCAUACCAUCAUCAUGUACCUGGUUGGACCCGACGGACACUUUGUUGACUACUUUGGUCAGAACAAAAGAAAUGUGGAGAUCUCCAACGCCAUUGCGGCUCACAUGAGGAAGUACAAGCCAGAGAAAUGAUUGGAUGCCAGACAGGAGAAACAAACACCUGAACAAACAAAACAAAUUCAAAUAGAAGUGGCAAGAUUGUUGUUUUGAAAAUUAAAACGUAUUUAUCACAUUCCUACCAUACUUGUCAAAUACUUGGCUCUUGUCCAACUUCCUGUUAAGACCCUAUUGAUUUUGAAGCCUUACGUAUGUCUGACAGAAUGUUCUUUGUGAGAUUUUAUUCAACCAGACUUUCUAAGGGAGAACGCUGUUGUUUUUUUUAACACAGUGGUACAUUUAUUAAUGAGUUUUUUGAGUUAUGAGAUGUGCUACGAACAUGCUUGGUUGUUUUGUGUUGUUGUUACCCUUUGGUGUGGAAGUGGUUACAGAAGUGUGUGUGUGUGUGUGUGUGUGUGUGUGUGUGUGUGUGUGUGGCCUUAUUGUGAAGAGUUGGGACAUGCUGAUUGGCUGCAUUACUGAUUGGCCAUCACGUGAUUGGCUGAAGGUCUUUUUAAUCAGCAGAUGGUUGCAGUACUGCAGGGUUCUUGUUCUUCCAUUUCCAACCUGCCCGGCCAAUGGUUUCAUACCUGUGCAUUUCAUUGUUUGUUGGUAGGAGGGAGAAGCUGUUUUUGUUUUAAGACCCUUUUCUCCUGUGUUGGGUUAAGAGAGAGGUAAGCAUGCGUCUUUUGCUUUAAUCAUUGUUUCGCUUUCGUCCAUUGUGUUGGCAUAUUUCUUCCUCUGAAGCUGUAAUAAUACCUUGUAAACUGUGUAACUUGAUUGCUGGUUUCAGAGGGAAAAUGAGAACAAUUUGAUCAGGUUGGGUUCUUGGUGCCACCUGUGUGGAAUUUUGAUGUUCUCCCUGUGCUUGUGAGGAUUUUCUCCAGGCAUUCCCGUUUCCUCCCACAUCCCAAAAACGCGCAUUAAUUGGAGACUCUAAAUUGCCCUCUGAUGUGAUCGUGAGUGUGACGGUUGUUUGUUUCUAUGUGCCCUGUGAUUGGCUGGUGACCAGUUAAGGGUAUACCCCGCCUUGUGUCCAAAGAUGGCUGGCAUAUGCUCCAGCGCUCGUGUAAGCCUUGUGAGGAUAAGCAGCCCAGAUCAUUGAUGGAUGGAUAGAUAUUUGAUUCACUACACUUAAAACUGCAUUGGCUCUCCUUACCCACACGCCAGGGCAUUUCAGUAAUGUAGUAAUUUAUUAGUGGUGUUGUACCUAACUUGCUAAUAAGCAAAAAAAUUCAACCAAAAGACUGUUCUGUAUUUUUUUCUUUUAAAGUUGGGACACUUGGAAAUCUCGGUAGUGUACCUUUGUAUACUAAUUUAGUAGUUUUUUUUUUUUCUGUCUAAAUCCAGCGAUCAGUUGGAUCAAAGGGACUCAUUUUUGAGCUAUAAUAACGAAGUUUCAUGAAAAUAAAUCAUUCAAGAAAUGAAGCUUCUCUCCUCUCUCUCAAACAUUCACAGAUGUCUCCAUCAUUAUCAUUUGCUAAUUCAUUGUCAUCUACUUCUGCAUCAUCUGGUUUGGUCACCCCACCAGGCUCUUCUUCACCAUUGAGGCCCCAAAU